UCUAAGUGGUGAGGAGUGGAACUGUCACUCGGUUGUGCAUUUGUCACCAUGGUGGACACGCAUAGCGGUAAGAGCACCACCCCAUACACCAAGGCUCAGGAAGAGCAAGCCGCCGCCGUAUUAAAAGAGAGAAAAGAGAAGGAGGCGAAGAAGGAGUUGAUUAAGCAGGCCAAGAAGUUGGCCUUACUGGAGGAGCAGGCGGUGAAGAAAAAGAAGUUGCAGGAGGAGAUGGAGAAGCUGCAAAGAGAAGAAGAAAAAAAUUUAAGAGCGGUAGAAGAAGAAGUGGAAGAGGAAGACGAUGAAGUCCCCUUGAUCGGAACGGUCACAAGAGAGAGAGGCGAGACCAGUAGCACGAAGGAGGAACCAUGCAUGGAGAAAAAGGUGUCUGAGUGGGUCGCCAAUCUAUCCCUGGGAGAGGAAGAGGCGGCGGUGUUAUACGUGUCGAGGGCAGAACAGGAAGCAGUAAUGAGAGAACGGGAGGAAGAAGAAGACCCUCUACGUCGCCAUACGAUUGAAGAGGAGAAGAAGUUGGAGUGGAUGUUGCGUUUAACCAGGGGAAAGAAAAAGUGGAUGGAGGCGGCAAGUAAGGUGGUGAAAGAGCAAAGGGCGCAGGUGGAGGCGCGGUCGGAUUGGCAAGAGAAGAUGGAAGUUAUGGCUAGGAAUAUAGAACUCCUCGCGAAGGCCCAAGAAGAGCAAUUUCAGUUCCCGACGGGCCAGGAUGUAUCCUUGCGAUCCAUACAAUUGGGCUUUCGAGAAUUCGCACACAUGGGCACAGAAGUGAAAGCGAGGAUGGAGAGCACGAAGCGAUUCUACACAGGAGUCAUAGAAGGCGCAAAGCUUGUUGCUCCAAGGGAGGAGGAAGCUCGCCCCCGUAGAGAGCGAGUCAAGGUUAAAUUUCUUGAUUCCUAUAGUGGGAAAAAGGAAGAGAAAUUUGAUAACUGGGAGGCGAAUGUUAAUUCAUACGUCCAUCUACAGAAGAUCAUCCAUGAGGAACAAGUCCUCGUCGCUUUCUGCGCCUUCAAGGACGAAGCAGCGAGCUUCGCCCGAUCACUUGUCCGUGCAGCUAAGUGUGACAAUGAUAUGGUAGCCUACUCCACAAUCACCCCCCUCAACGAGUUUUUCAAAUUGUUGCAUGGAAGGUUUGCAGAUGUCACCAAAGGGAUUAAAGCCUCUCAUAAAUUGCAAACGAUCCACUCGCAUCAAUGGAAGAGUGUCAGGGCACUCAAGCGAAUGAUGGAAAUCCAGACCUACGUGAGUACCGCACCCGUCGAGCCGGAGUCCCAAGUCGCGUUCACCACUUCUUGCAUGGGUGGUGAGGCCAAGCAAUGGGUGUUGGCCGAGGCCAAUGCGGCGGGUUUCAAAGAUAUCAGUGAGUGGGCAAAGACUCUGACACUGAAACAGUUCUUGGCGAAAACCAGGGACCGUUUCCUCGACAAGACGACGACCGACAAGGCCUUUGACCAGUUGACGUCAAUUGGUCAAAAACAUUGGACGUCAGUUGAGGCUUUUUCCCGAGAAGUUGACCGAUUGUUGCAGGUUCCUGGAUUGAACCUGCAGGACAGCCAAGUGUUGUACAUUUAUUCCCGCGCGUUGCCUGAGCCCAUCCGAGGACAUUUAGUCACCGAAGCGAAAUCCAGUAAGUACAACUACAGGCAAUUUCGUGACCUCGCUUUGCAAAGGGAACAGAUGACUUCUCAAGUCAAGAAUUCCUAUGCAGCGGUAGUCAAGUCUGGAGGAGGAGGAGGAAGACAGUAUAAUGGGAAACGAGUUCUCUGGCGACAGAAGCGCCAAGACCACACCCUUGGCGUCUUUGAUGACGACACAGUGGAAAAGUGGCCGAACGAGGAGAAUGAUAACAACAGUGACUCCGGGAAAGGGGAAGUCACUGUUGUUGUGGCCAAUAAGGGAGGACCACCCAGGACAGGAGGGAAGAAACAAAGAGCGUUCCCAUGGCACCCUGGGAUUGCUGAUGGGAAGCCAUGGGUCGAGAUGGGUAUGACUAGAAAGACUUGGCAGGAGCGGAUGGACAAUGCGCAAUGUCUCAAGUGCGGCACAGCGGGACAUGUGAUCGCCUACUGCCCUCAGAUCCGAAACCCAAAAGCGAACAGCCAGUAGGAGUAGCAUCUGCUCCUACUAAGAUUAAGGGUAAGAACGAACAGACAGGUAAGGCGCCUACGACCCCUUCCUACCCUUCUUCUCAAUUGGCAGAGGAUGAUUCUUCCUUAGCCCAUCAUCCAGAUCGCCCUGACAUUGUCUUAUGUUCUGUCUCUCUGGAUGACUCCCUUGAUGAGCUAGAUAACGAAUUGCUAGCAUUACGUGGCUCAUGGGCUCGAAAGGCGAAGACUAAGGGCGAGUUGUUGUUUGCAGAUGUUGAGAUCGCACGAACACGAGUUUGUGCGAUGUUAGACCCAGGAUCAACGAGAUCCUACAUCUCCAAGAAGGCAAUCCGUAAGUUGCAUCUCGGCAUGAAGGUAAAAGACUUGUCUCGACCUAUAACGUUAAUGUUAGCAGACAAG